CCUCGACAUAACCCUCAGGGACUUUGUCGCUUCUCAAACUCCCUUCAACCCCGUUCCCCCUCACUCAGCUACCCCCUCAUCACCCCUCUCCACGGCCCCACCACUGCUCUGACCUCCACCCCACCCUUCAUUCCUCAUACUGAAGCGCCCCCAACACUUCACACCUUUGACCUUACUACCAUCGAGGAAGUCUCCAAGAUCCUCUCUAAUGCCCGCCUCACCACCUGCCCCCUCGACCCUAUCCCCUCACAACUUCUACGACCUCCCUCCCCCUCCAUCAUACGCUCCCUCACCCACAACCUCCUCGACCCCCUACAGUCCGACUUCCGUCCCCUACACUCCACCGAAACUGUCUUACUCAAACUCUCCAAC